CAAAAAUUAUAAAUAUCGAUAAGAAAAAAUUUACCGUGGCUUUAUCUACUCGUCCUCGUGAAAUGACUACCGGAAAAAAUUCACCCAUAAUUCGUAAGAAGCUCGAUGAAGACUAUGAUUAUGAAGCCGAAAGAAAUUACACACCGAAAAAAGUCGAGCACAAGAAGGCUCCUACCAAAGGUCCAACUCGUGUAAUACCUCAUCCACUUUUUCACCAAAAAACUUAUAUAGAAGCCAUUGAGUACCUCGCUGAUAAAAGCAAUGGUUCUAUUGUCAUCAGACCAUCAUCCAAGGGGUUUGGCCAUAUCGGGAUCACGUGGAAACUUUAUAAUAAUAUAUAUCAACACAUCGAUGUUGUAGAAAAGGACAGAGAUGGAGCUCCUGUUGGCCGUAGGUUGGAAGUAGAAAAUGCACGAUAUGUCUAUUCUGAUUUGGACGAACUUAUCGUUGAAUAUGUGGAACAAAAAGCUCGAAUGGUUGAUGAGUUAACAAACCAUAUGAAAUUCAAACCUUCAGAAGAGAAUCUGAAGAAUUUCCUUGAUAUGAGUUUGAACGUGAACUCUAAACAAUCUUCGUACGGUUUUUGUCUUGAUCCUGAAAUACCGGGAGGAUUUUGCCUUAUGUUCAAAUUCAAGCAAAAUUCGAACAUUGAAAUAUGGAAAGGAUAUAUUAAACCAGAAGGAUACAAAUUAAAAGGAGAAUUGUAUCCUACGGUAAUAGAAAUGAUCAACGGAUUUAAGAAAAUAAUUUCUCAGACACGAAGUUCCGGCAGCAUGGGCCAUUUAAGAAGAUAA